AUGGGUGGGCUCAGAGACAGGCCCUCGUGGUGGUUUGGACAAGACCUGUACUUCUUCUGCCUGAUUGAAUGCUACCUCAUGAAUCUAAUUAGCUAAGGAGGACAGUUUGCCAUCGUUUUAGUCAAGGAUGCUGAGCAUGCAUAUUUCAACUUCCAGGAACUUCGUGCUCUGAGAACGGCAUUAAUCCUCCAUCUUCAGCAUAAUACCAACAUUGAUGGUGGCUUUUCUGGGUGCUGGUCACAAGAGUGGAUCACUUUCCUGGAAGGCAGUUGUCCGUAUUUUCUGAUUAAUGAAAAGAACAUUGAGAAUGCUUAUAAGGCACUGAUGGAGGAACUGGAGGAAUGCCGAGCUUUAGCAUUAGGACAUCUUUUUGGAAAUUUAAAAUGGAAAAUUAUGAUGGAAGAAGUUGACUGGAAGAAAGAGGGGAUCAAAACAGCCCUAAAUGUGAAGUAUGAAAAGGCCAGCUAUGAGGAGGAAGAGAGAGUAUGUGAAACCACGGAAGACUUAAGUAUAGCUGUGCAGAUGGUGAAAAGGACCUGCUUUGUGAUGGGAAAAUACCCAGAGCUUCUGCAGGAGGCAGACCAGCAACUCAUAGCCAGGUGCCUGCGGUGUUUAGGGUUCAAGGAGCUGGCGAGUUCUUUGAAUCCAGUGCAUAAUGGCAUAAAGGAGAAGAAAAAGGACAAAUACUCAGUGGGUCUUGGGCCAGCCCGGUUUCAGCUGCAGUACAUGGGCCACUAUCUGGUGCAUGAUGAGAGGAAAGAUCCAGACCCCAGAGUUCAGGACUUUAUUCCUGACAACUGGCAGCGAGAGCUCCUGGACAUCGUGGACAAGAACAAGUCUGCAGUCAUCAUGGCACCCAAGUCCUCAUGGAAGACCUACACCUCCUACUGCUGCACGAAGAGGGUGCUGCAUGAGGGCAAUGAGUGCGUGGUCAUGUAUGUGGCCCCCACCAAGGCCCUUCUCAAUUAAGUGGCAGCAACCAUUGAGAAUUGUUUUAACAAAAAUCUGCCAAAUGGGGAAAGUCUGCGUGGUGUUUUCACCUGGGACUAUUGUCAUGGUGCCCUGAACUCUCAGUGUUCUUGUUUGUGGGUGCUCAUCACAGUGCCUGCCUGCUUUGAAAUUCUGCUGCUGGCUCCGUACCACCAGGUGUGGGUGAAAAGGAUCAGAUACAUCAUAUUUAAUGAGGUCCACUGUUUUGGUGAGGAAAUUGGAGCAGAAAUCUAGGAGCAUCUCCUCAUCAUUAUCCUCUGCCCCUUCCUGGCCCUUUCCACCACCAUCAGCAACCCAGAGCAUCUGACUUGAUAAUACGUAAUUUAAAUUUUAACGUGGCUACAAUCUGUAAAACGGUACUGAAAACAAGCAGACAGUAUGAUUGAAAAAAGUAUUGCUUACAGAAAUGCCAGCUGCCGUGCCAGUUCCCACAAAAACUACUUGCUGAUGAAGGAGUCAUGUAAAGUGAGACUUGUGCUCGAUGAAGAGAGAUUCAAUGAUUUAGAGAAAUACAUAUGGUCAGUGAGCAAUCAUGACAUUUCCUUUGACCAUUUUCACCUGUGUGCUGCGCUGACAACGGACCACAUUGAAAAGUUUGGAUUCCCUUCCGAUCUUACCCUUUCACCUCAAGAAAUGGUCCAGCUUUAUGAUACCACCAUGUUUGAAUUCUGGAAAAGUUGUCUCGGAGCUCAGGAGUUGUGUCCAGAGGAAUAAAAUAAUUCAUUUUAUUUUGAGAAUAAAAUAGUCAUUAGGAAGAUGGAUGCUAGAAAGUGUGAAGAGAGCUUAAAGGCAGAACUGACAAGCUUAGUGAAGAAUGGCCACACCAACAAGGCAAGAAUGGUCCUGGAGAGUGUUCAUCCUCCUUCAGUCCUCGGUCCUUUGGUUGUUGAAAACAUGGCAAUUAUGUUUCUACUUCUUGCAAAGCUAAGGGAAAUGGAGAAGUUACCUGCAUGGUUUUUUUCUUUUGAUUUAGGGGCUGUGGAGAGAAGGGCUGAAAGUGUGGAAAAGUUUCUACAGUGAAAGCAGGAGCACAGAAGGCCCCCCAGGGCAGAUAGAGAGGCCCGCGACGUGGUGAACAAACUGCACAAAGUGGCAAAAAUCCAUGGAGAAAUACAAGGCAGUGUGAGUGUGCAGCUCAGCACACUGUGCCGGGAAGGCCGGGAUAGUCGCACGUCCCAGCAGGGAGGCCGCUGGCUGCACGGACCAGUUAGUUGUCGCUGGGACUUGUUUGCUGGCCAGUUCUGUGCUUGGAGAACUGUGUGUGCGGUGGGCCCCUCUGCCUCGGGGCCCUCAUUCUGGGGCCCUAGUUCUUGGGGUCUAAUUCUGACUCCUCUGGGUCUGAAAUGCAUCCCCCCCGCCCCCAUCCUCAUGUCCUCAGUGACGUCCUGUUCUCGAAGUGUCCACAUCUUCCUUGGAUGGUCACAAAGUUCUUCUUGGAACCUGACCUUGAGGCUCCCUCCUAUACUGCAGCUGACAUUCAGGCUGAUAACCUCACCCUCACUCGCUCUUCCUUCUGGGCUGCUGUCCUCGGACCAGCAUGUGUGGGCUUUGCCCUCACCUCUUCAGGUGCGCUUCCUACUACUCUCAUCCGACAGUCCCCCUCACACGCCUCUCCCUAGGGCUGUGUCCCCCUACUUUAAUGAAGAUCUUACGCAGACUGUGGGAGAUGAGAAAAGGCUAGAAGCUGUGUGGUCUGUUACAGCGGGGCAGCAGAUGAAAACAGCUAUGUCAACUCUUGCUUUGGGAGUUAAUAUGAUGCCAUGUGAGUCAGUUGUUUUUACAGAAUAUUCUUUUUUUUUUUUGGAUGCCUUAAACUUCCAACAGAUGUCCGCCCAUGCAGGCAGACAUGGGGAGGGCCUCACAGGAAGCGUGUUCUUCUGCAACAUCCCAUUACCCAAGACAGAACAGCCUCUGAGAUCAAAUGUGCCUGAACUGAAUGACCAGUUUCCCCUAAGCCUUUCCGUGGUCCUCAGACGCACGCUGUUAGGUGCCAAGGCAGAUGACAAGGAAGAUGCCAGUGCCAAGGCACUGUCAGUUCUCCAGCGUUCACUGAUGUCCUUCAAGCAACCAAAUAUCGAGUGCAUGUUGAAAUUUUAUUUUAUAUAUUCUUUACAAUUCUUGGUCACAGAGGGAUUCCUGGAUCAAGAGUGUGUUCCCAUUGGAUAUUCUGGGCUUGUCUCCCAUUUACACUACCACGAACCCUCCAAGUUUGUUUUAGUGAGCUUGCUGGUGAAAGGUCUAUUUUACAAGCUGUGUGUUCCAACCGACAUCAAAGGCCAAAAGACAUUUUCUGAAGACAUAAUGGAGACUCUGGUGGUGGUGUUAGCAAAUCUUUUUGGAUGACGAUAUUUUCUUCAGUGUGUGAAAAACUUUGAAAAGAGAUUUUUUUCAUUCAGUGGCUGCUGUCAGAGGCGAGGUGGGUUAGACACGGAGGGCUGCCUGCUGUCCGCUGGAGUUCUGAAGGCCCUGCCUGAGGACUUGGCCACCGGGGCAGAGGAACACAAUGACAGAGUUCAGAACGUUGCUUCCUUCCUCCUGACAAUUUCUAAGCUGGCUGACAUGAGAAAAGAAUGCCAGCUGCCUCUCUCAGAGACUGACACACUUGCGCCAUAUCUGAGGCGCUACACAGUGCCGUCCGGCGCUUGUCUUUCCCUUCUGACUUGCUGCAGCGGGUGUGACCACCUGCGCUUUCUUCCCUGCGGCCUGAACUGGCGUUACCGUGGCCGAGCCCUUCGCAUUGCACUGUCGGUGUGCCCCGUCUGCUGCAUCCAUUCGUGGGCCCUUGCUCCCUUAGGCUGCUCCCACGUCUUGGCUGUUGCACCUAGUGCUGCCCUGACCAUUGGCCUGCAGGUGUCUUAG